UUUCCCUUGGCAAAGAUGGCGGUACGAGAAAAGCAAGCGAAGAGAGACGAGAAGUCCCGGGUUCUCCUGGGUAGGAGUUGAAGCAACGGCCACUUCCGCCGCGAAGAGGCCUCGCCAGCAGUAAAAAUGGCGGAGUCGGUACUCGAAGUUGUGGGGAAGCUGCAAUCGAGGCUUUCAGGCAGUUCGGAGCCCAAGAAGCUGCUGAAGAGUUUGAAGAGGCUUUCUGAGCUGCCCAUAACGGUUGAUAUCCUUCUGGAGACUGGAGUUGGGAAGACAGUGAAUGGUUUACGGAAACAUGAACUGGUUGGAGACUUUGCCAAGGACUUGGUGGCAAGGUGGAAGAAACUGGUGCCUGUCCCCCAGGAAACAGACCGGAAUAACCUUGAAUCUGAAGAACGCAACUACCACCGAAGCAGCUCAAGGAAACUGCAGCGGGAACCCUCCCCCAAAGAGGAUGAGGAGAUGGAGCAGGACUAUUCAGAAGCAUACCAGCCUUCCUGCAGCCAGUCGUAUGAGCCAGACUGUGGUGCAAAGAAGCUCAAAAGGUACCCCAAGCCAGAGAGACUCCAUCAGACUGUGAGCUGUGGCAGACCAGAGGGCAGGACAUGGGGCAGAGAGUCUCCCGUGCUCUCCUCUGAUCAGGAAUGCUUGGACUAUGGGCAUCCUGUCUCGCCCACGCUGAGUGAUAGCCCUCAGGAAUUAUCCCCGGACCUCUGCAUAGCUGAGGAGCAGGAGCAGAAGGUCCUUCAACGGAAGGCUAACAAGAACAGACAAGAGGGGGGUCAUGGACGGACCCUCAGUGAGCCCCAGGACAAAGGCAGCUUGAGUUGGAGCAAAGAGCAUAAAUCCUCUCACAAGGAAAGGCGGUGGCCAGAGGCCAAGGGGGAGGAGAGUGUCUUGGCUUUUAGCCCAGAGCGGCUUCACAAGAGGUCUUCCAAAGAGCCUCUGCGAGAAGCUUCUUUGCCAGGUGGCAGCAAGGAGAAGCUGAAGGCCGCGGACAGCAGCAAGCCGGAGAAGAAGAAAGAAAGCAGCAGCUUGAAGAGGGAGAAGCUGCUGCACACUGACUUUGAGGAGGCUCUGGGCAACCACAUCAAGAAGCAGAAGCAUGUGGAUUCCGAGCCACCCAAACCCAAGAAAGCCAGGCAGGGUUCAGAGGCCUUGCAUGGCAAUCGGGAGAAGCGAAAACCGGAGCAGGAUUUGUCCAAUAAGAAUAAAGAGAAAAUGGCUUCUAGUAGUUUGAAAACCCCAGAGGGCAAAUCCAAAUCCUCCGAUCUGAACAAAAAAAGAGCCAGCUUCUCCCCUUCCGAUUUCGGCGACAGAGAAGCAGAGGAUGAAUUUGAAAAGCCAAUAAUGUCUUUUGAGAAUUACCUGAUGUAUGACCAGCCUCAGCACAAGAAGAAAAAGAAGAAGAAGGUGCCAGUCAAGCCCCCAGCACCUGCUCCUGUCAAGGACCGAGGGCACGACAAGCAGAAUGGAUCCAAGUCCAGCACCAAGAGCUCUGACUCGAGCCGAAAAUCCCACAAGCAGGUGAGCGAGAAGAAGCAAUCGGAGGCGUCCAAACCAACAAAGAUUCCCAUUGAUGUGGUGCCAACACUUCCUGACAUACCUUUGCCCCCAAUCCAGAGUUCCUACCGCCCUCUUCCUUCAUUGGAUUCACUCCCCCUCAGCCAGCCAAAGAGGAAAGCAUUGUCCUCCCCUACAGAGGAGGAUGAAGCAGGCUUCACAGGGCGCAGGCUGAAUUCCAAGAUGCAGGUGUAUUCGGGAUCCAAGACUGCCUACCUCCCAAAGAUGAUGACUCUGUAUGAACAGUGCAUCCGGGUCCUCAGCAAUAACAUUGACUCAAUUUAUGAAGUUGGUGGAGUUCCUUUCAGUGUCCUGGAACCCGUCUUGGAGCGAUGCACCCCAGAGCAGCUGUAUCGCAUUGAGGAGUGUAAUCCCUUUUUAACUGAGGACACCAAUGAGUUGUGGCAUAAUCACUGCAUCCGUGAUUUCAAGAAGGAGAAGCCAGAAGAGUUCGAGUCAUGGAGGGAGAUGUACCUCCGCCUGCAUGAUGCCCGAGAGCAGCGGCUGCUCAUGCUGACCCACAACAUCCGCUCGGCUCAUGCCAAUAAACCCAAAGGCAGAGUAGCCAAGAUGGCAUUUGUCAAUUCUGCUGUGAAGCCCCCCCGGGAUGUGCGAAGAAGACAGGAGAAGUUUGGCACUGGAGGAGCAGCCAUCCCGGAGAAGAUCAAGAUAAAGCCAGUUCUCUUCUCCCCGGCAAAAAGCAGCAGUGUUCAAGCAGAAGAGGAACAGGCCUACGAAGGGCCAAGCACGAGCAGCAGUCACUCGGGCCCAUCUGUGGGCAGUUCAUCUUCUGUUAGCUAUGACCCUCGGAGGCCUCCUGUGAAGAAAAUUGCACCCAUGAUGGCAAAGACUAUUAAGGCGUUCAAAAACAGAUUCUCUCGAAGAUAAAGGUGCCCACAAGCCAGGGAGGAGAAGGGAGCUCAUCUCUUCAGUGGGAGAAUUAUUUGUGAGCAAACAGGGAGGGACCCCCAGGAUCCGCCACCAAACCCCAGUGGAAGACCAACAGCACAGUAUUGUUUGAAGCAGCCCUCUGGCCCUACCCUCUGCUCCCGUAGCCUGGCAUCUGAAAAUGUGAAAUCUGGAUAUGUGUGGAAACAAGGAAGUCCAGAGACUGCGGCUUGGCCUGUAAUCUAUCUUUCUCCCCCUCCCUGCCUUGAUGAUGGAGUGGAAAGGAAUACCCCUCCUGCCCUACAUGCAGUGUUUUCCUCAGCCCCAGUUUAAGAAUCCUGAACUCUUGUGCCUCUUGAAGAAAAGCCUGUACUCCAAAUCCGGAUGUUGUGUUUCAGACUCCACCCUGCAAUCCUUAGAUCCUGCCAGAGGUUUCCCAGCUUUUUGUCAGACCAUUUUUGGAGCAUCCCUUUUGUAAUCCCUUUGCCCUUUAAAUCCCACCUCUCAGAAUGUUCCUUGCAUUGCUGAAACCCUUGUGCAGACUGGGAGCAGUCGACUUUUCCUAGCUGCUGAGGAUGUCCCUCUAUUCCAACUUCUGUUCCUUUGAAAAAGGAGUGGGGGGUAUUGGGUGGGGGGCCCUCCAAUCCCCAUACUCCUUUUUAAAUGUCAUAGGGAAAAAAAACAGCACAUGAAUUUUUGGAGGAGGCCAGGAGGGAAUGCACAAAUCUGAAUUUUAAACACUCAGUUGUUUAUUUUUAAAAUGGAUCACAACAUUUGGAAGCCAAUUUUGUUUUUAGCAGGAAUAGUGAAGGCCUUAGUGUUUAGUUUUUGGGGGGGGAGGGGCUGUCUUUGUGUGCGCACGCAUUUUGUGUUUUUUAAAACUUAAAAAAGAGAUUUUAGAUUUGUUGUUUCUCCCCUCCCUUCUGGAUUUUGGUCAAAAGAUGUUUGUUAUGCAGCCACUUCAUGUUCACCUGAUCCCUUGCGAAGUACUUCAAGGGAGUCAAGGAGUUACUUUAGAAUUUUAGUUCAUAAUACCUGGUCACUUGAUGGGAAAAGGCAUCCCCCUCAAGUGAAAUCUCUCUUACUCAGGAGUCCUGGACACCAGAUGUCGGAAGAACUGGCAGGCAAACUGUGUAAGUUUCCGUCUCUCUGGAGCAUCUGCAAAUGGGUUGAGUGUAAUGCAACAUUUUCAUCACUUGAGAGGGCAAAGGAAAGCCCGCUGGGUGGUCUGGCCCAUCUGAGGAGAGCUUGAGGAAAAUGUGUUGCUUGGGUACUGCUUUUUUUAAAUGCUGGAGGAGGGGACACUGGGCUGUAAAAAUGCUAUUUAUCCUGACGGCGAUGGGUGUAGAGAGAUAUGGAAUAUGUCUUGGGAAACGUGACAGUGUGUUUCUUGGCGCCAAGGCUGAAGGAACUUUGAUUAUGAAGACUUACGAAGGAGAGACUGAUUCAUAAGGGAGUGGGGGAGGAUUCUUCUAGUGACUUUCUAGUCUUGCAGCAUCUGCUACUGCAAGAAUGCUCCACUUCUAUACCGGGAGGCAGUUGGUGUUCCUGAUAGAGAAGACCCUGCUCAUUCUUUCCUCUAAUAAUCCCUCAAUAUUUGGGGCAGGAUGGGACCUUCUUUUUUUUCUUUUUUCUUUUUUUUUUGCUGUGACUCAUGUGCCAUGCAGGGUAGGAAAAGCUCUCUUGAUGUUUCUCUGUCCAAUGCAAUGUCCCUGCAGUUCCAACUCCUUUUUCUAUAAGUUUUUAAUGAUUAUGGUAUUUGAAAAUGGGUCUCUCACAGUCUGCUCCAAGCCAAUCAAAGGCCCCAGAAAGCUUUAAAUUAAAUUGUGUAGCAUUUCAAAGCGUGUUGUGCUGUUUUUAAAAAGAAAGAAAUCGUGCUCCUUUCUUGCUUUUGCUGUAUUUAAUUUUGCUGUAUUUAGUUAAUUAUAUAAUCUGCCUCCUGUCGUGCUUUUUAAUGUGUGUGUGUGUGUGUUUUUUCUCCUUUUUAUAAUUGGGAUUGGGAAGGGGAAACGGAAUGGUUCAGAAACCAAUGUGUUGACCAGUGAGGAAAGAACAUUUGGAUGCAUCUAUAGGAUUCCCAAGUUGUGUUAAAUUUGGAUAUCUAAGGUCCAACCUUGGUAGUCACCCCUCCUCCCUGCCCAUUAAUUGCAAGUAGAAAGCAGACAAGUCUCUCAAACAUGUUCAGCCCCAGCUGAGGAACUGCAGUCUGAAACAGCAUCUUGUACUACCUGACUGAAGCCUUGCCCACCUAGCCCUUGUAAUGUCAUCAUUUCACACCAGGUCAGGUGGGGUCAAAGGUUUUGUAGCUCCACCCCUUCACAAUGCAUAUUAUUGUCCGUUGCUGGGCUGGAUGGACAGGAUCUCAAGUUUCCUUGACUCAGUAGGGGGGGAGGAGGGAGCAGCCAGGGCUUCCAUCAGGUUUCCCCUCCUCUCCAUGUUGGUAGUACCUUGAUAUUGGUCAAGGUCAAUACUUGGGUAUUGCUUAGUUAAAUGUGCAGCCCUGCCAUCAGCUAUGCCAUUGGGGCUACUUCGCCAAUGAAAUUGGAUCUUUGUAUCUGAGAAUUCAGCCAGCUGUCAGUAUUCUGGACUAGUUUGGUGGAGAGUUUUUUUGCCGAGGGAAGUUUGCAGUGCAAAUAUUAUGACUUCUAAUUCUCAUACUGGAAAACAUUUUCUCAAUGGAUGAAGCAGGCCCUCUGCAGAGGCAGUAGAAGGAGCUGUCAUGCCCCAUACUAGUUGGGAAGGUGAGAUCUUCCUCUCUCAAAGCCAGAUGCUAAAUUAAAUGGUUGGAAAGAAUAUUGAACCUCCUUUUAAUGGGCAGAUGGUGCCCAAGUGGAAUCCGUUGCAGAGUGAAACCACUCCACUUCUGAUUCUCCUUUGGGUGUCCAGAACAUUUUAAAAUAAGUACUGUUUUCACUGCUACACUACAAAAAAUAAAGUCGUCCUUUUUUUUUUGUGUACCACGAGGAAAAGGUAAUGCCGAAUUACAGUUGUAUUUUGGUCCCUGACUGUAAAUAACAAUUUUCUAUGUUACUUUUUUGUGGUAACUAUGGAGAUGAAUAUUUUAACUAGAUAAGUUAUAUGAAAGGAAGAAAGCUGUGUCUCAAUAAAAGCCAAACACUGGACUUUG